AUGUCGCAUAUACUCACCAAGAAGCAGGAAGAGAAAAACUUGCAAUGUUCCGGGUUGGUGCGUGAAGUAGGUCAUCGUGUCAAGUCCAUCUCCGCCAGUACUUUUUCGGGACCGGAAGUGGUGGCGAUUCAGCAGGGUGGCAAUGAGAUCGCUCGCCGUAUCUGGUUGAGCACUUACAACUCGUCGACCACGGAGCCUGAAACAGAUAACGAUGUCCGCCUUUUCAUGCGUCAGAAAUAUUACGAGCAAAAGUGGCUGAACCGAGAAAAACUAAAGGAACACGCGGAACUCGUCAAAGCACUGGUGAGACAGAUGUUUACAGAGGAUGGUGUACGUCGACCACGUGUUCCUACCCCGCCAUUGCCUACCGACCAUCAAAAUGCGUCAACAUCGUAUUUCCCUCCACAGUCUAAAAGCCCCGAAAAAAUGUCGACUCGCCCUUCACCACAACCGAGCGCUUCCUGGAUCGAGGAUAACACGCCUCUCGCCAUGACUCCAGGUGGACAGACAGUACGCCAGAUUCCAGAGAAAUUAAAGAUCAUUCCCCAUGCUGAAAGGGUAUCGGAUAAGAAUCAAUCGCCAGUACCUCAUUCAGCACCUUUCGCUUUUGGUUAUGGUGGCGGUUCCUUUUCUAUUCCGUCUCCUUCGAUUCAAUCGGGUCCUACCUCACCUCGAUCGUCUGCGAGCCCAGUUGUAUCAUCUGUAAUGAAUCGUGCAGCGAGUCAAAUGACUUCACCUACCUUUGCCUCCAAUAGCUUCCUUUCCGAACUUGCCGGCCUCGAUUCACCUCCCAUUGUCAAUAAAGCGACCUACACUGGCGGUAUACUCGUUCCCAAUUCACCUACAACAUCGACCCCGCUUUCACCUAGUAUGAAUUCCCCACAAACGCUUCAAAGUUCAUUGUCGAAACCAUCCAUUGGAUCAACUCCCCAUACUGUCAAAUCCGAGAAUAAAUCAUUCACGCCCGUGUCCGCUUUCGAUCCUUAUGCCGCACUACGGGAUCUCACUCUCUCUGAUCACCCCAACAAGUCAUCUUCCGCGAAUCAACCGACCAAUGCUUCACCAUACAACUAUGGAAAAGUAGGAUCCCAAAAACCACGACCGCAAUCCUUGCAGCCUCAAAAAUCGUCAACUACCAACGCGUUAUGGGGAGAGUUUACUUCAGCCGAUGACAGCCUCUCUCGCUCCAACGCAUUCAGUAGUUUAGAUCCCCUGGCACAAUGGAAGAAAUAA